AAAAAGUGAGUAAAUCUCACCAAAACGCUUCGUAUCUUAAAUAGUGCAACAAUCUCCCCCCUCUCCACUCACCUCUGGUUUCUCAAAAGCUUCACCAUUCCGGUUAAUGUUAGGGUUUCAUAAUUCCCAUUGCAAAAUGAUGCACAAUCAUAUUUCUCUUCAAUUUCCACUCCCCAAUUCCAAUUCUUCUCGCCACUCUUCCCAAAACAUGAAUUGAUACAAUAUCUUCUUCUUUUGGGUAAGUCACUUCUCGUGGCUGUCUACAGUGGCAGCAGUUCUGAUAUGGAAAUGUAUAAUGUUACUGAAGCUAGGGUCCCUGAAGCUUACUGGAAUGAAGGAGCUGAUUUAAAUUCGCGCUUUGCAAGCCCGAAUUUCGAGCAGUCUGGUGCAUUGAUUAAUGAAGGAGCCCCUGAGUUUGUCGACCAGAGCAUGUAUUACCCUGCUGCAACCAAUUAUGGGUAUAAUGGUACAGGAUUUGAACCACCCGGGGAAUGGGAGGACCAGCAACGGAUUUUUGGUGUAGAUGGUCCCGAAGUUCAGUACACGGGUGGACAGAAUGAAAAUUUUCCAUAUGUAUAUUAUAGCUAUGGAUAUGCACAGUCUCCGUAUAAUCCAUAUAAUCCGUACAUACCGGGUGCUGUGGUAGGAGUUGAUGGUUCAUUUGUUGGAGGGCAACCUUAUUACAACCUCCCCGAUUAUCAGAAUCCUGCUUCUUCACCUUCUUAUGGUCCCCUUGUUCAACCCGACAAAUUUUCUUAUAAUUCUGCAAACUCUUUGGUUGGAGCCAGCGCUUCUGUCAAUAGACCUGAUGGAAGAGGUUUGAAACACAAGUUCAAUUCAGCUUAUGGUAACUUUUCUAGGAACUCUUCACAACUUUUAUCAAAUCAGGCAAGUUCCUUGGCCAGGGUACCAGACGGGCCGAGAGCUAAUGAUGGGAGGAAGCAUGUUUCUGGAAGUAGGUUUCUCAACAGAGCUUCAUCAGCUGUUCUUCAGGAUAGAAGUUCUGAUGCUUCAAUGCAACAUGUAGAUGCUAUUUCUAAUGGGAAUAAUAUUUCUCAUCGUAAUCAAUUGAAAGUAGCUGCUUCAAGAAGUGAAUUUUCUCAUUUUGCAUCAAAUGCCAAUGGACAGCCUACAGUUGCUAAACUUAGGCCGAAGGUUGACAUAUCAGAAGUAUCAAAUGAUGGAAAUGGUAGUGUUGAUGUAUUGGGUGAGCAAAAUCGAGGCCCUAGGACUAGUAGAUCAAAACUUCAACUAUCUGUGAAAGCUUAUACAACCAAGGUAGGAGGUGGUAACGAGCAAGGGAACAUCAUCAUUUAUACCGAUCAAUACAACAAGGAGGAUUUCCCUCUUAACUAUGAUAAUGCAAAGUUUUUUGUUAUAAAAUCAUACAGUGAGGAUGAUGUGCACAAAAGCAUUAAAUACAAUGUGUGGUCUUCUACACCUCAUGGAAACAAGAAGUUGGGAAAUGCUUAUGAGGAUGCAAAGAAACUAUCAGCUGAAAAAGCGGGAGUCUGUCCAAUCUUCCUAUUUUUUUCUGUUAAUGCUAGCGGUCAAUUCUGUGGAGUUGCAGAGAUGAUUGGUUCAGUUGAUUUUAAUAAGGAUAUGGACUUCUGGCAACAAGAUAAAUGGAGUGGGAGCUUUCCUGUAAAGUGGCAUAUCAUAAAAGAUGUACCAAAUGCAAAUUUCAAACACAUUAUUCUAGAAAACAAUGAAAACAAGCCCGUAACUAAUAGCAGAGAUACACAAGAGAUAAUGUAUCUUAAAGGAUUGGAAAUGCUGAAAAUAUUCAAAAGUCAUACUUUGAAGACAUCUUUGCUUGAUGAUUUCAUGUAUUAUGAAAACCGUCAGAAGAUCAUGCAGGAUGAGAAAGCUAAGCUCUUUCUCAAAAGUGUAGAAGGUCCAUUAUUCAUACAACCAUUGGAAGCUCCUCGAAAGUUGAUUGUUGGCAAACCUCCCACCAAGAAUGAGAAGAAUUUAAAGAUCAAGGAUGAUUCUGAUAACUUAAACCAGUUGUCCAUUUCAAGCUCUGAGCAGAACAUCCGUAAUUCUGACGUCCCCAAUAUCAAGUCUGUGAAUGAGCAGGUGGAGAAAAUUGCAGUUCAUGAAGAUAUUUCUUCGAUCUUAAAGAUUGGUUCGGUCACUAUUACCCCAAAGCAGGUUGAGACAAAACAAUCUGGCAUUGUUAACAGAGAACAAAUUGAUGUUCUUACUGUAGGCUCAAUGCCCAUUAAAGUUAAUGGGUUCACUGGCUCUCCGGGUUUCUUGAAAGUAGGAAGUAUACAACUUAACCCAAAAGCUUUACAACCGUAAAAAGGAGAUGCCGCUUAGCGUUUGCUUUUUAGUUUGUCAUUUGGUUUGGUCAAGUUGGAUUAAUGUUUCUUGAUUGAGAAGUUGUUUCUCUUUGAUCUAUUUCUGCUUCUAAUGCUUUAAUACAAAGGCCCUUCCAAUUUUCAUGAAAUUUCAAGCUGCGGUGUUGACUUCUAAAACUUCUCAAAGCUAGUCCUUCUUUUUGCAUACAUACUUGGGUCAGUUUUCUCUGAAUUUCUUCCUAUCUCUUGUGGGGAAACAUGAAGAAAACUUCUCUCCACUUUCAUUCCAUGUUAUUAUAUUCACAAGAUCUAUCUUUGCUGUGUUGUUAAGAAUGUAUGUGUUCCAUUUUGAUUAUGAUUUGGUUCUGAAAGUGUUGAAAUGUUUACAAGUGAGUGAGAGUUUAUUCUUUAACAAUAGUAAAUUCUUUUGGUUUA